AUGCCAGGGACAAUCCUGCCCCCGAGAUCCCUCCGGCAACACGCUCAAAUGGACCGAACGUCGGCCUCAGGGCCGGAUCUCUACCUGAUUGCCGAUCAGGAUACCGUGUACGAACAGGAUCUCCUCCGCAAUCCCGGCAGUGUCAAGCCAUGGCUGGCCUAUAUCGAAUACAAACAGCAACAGGGAACUCUCUACGAGCAGGCUUUUGUCAUGGAGCGUGCCUGUAGAGAGCUCCCCAGAUCAUACAAGUUGUGGAAGAUGUACCUCGAGUUUCGAACAAAACAUCUCAAGGGCCGCAACGCGACCGUCUAUCGGGCCGAGUAUCAGAAAGUGAACGCGCUGUUUGAGCGUGCUCUUGUACUGCUCAACAAGAUGCCUCGGAUAUGGGAGAUGUACCUCGCCUUCAUGCUCCAGCAGCCGCUGGUCACACAGACUCGACGGACCUUCGAUCGUGCCCUGCGAGCCCUGCCCAUCGCGCAACACAACCGGGUCUGGAAGCUCUACAAGGCCUUCGCCCGUUCCGCAUCUGGCCCGACGGCCGUGAAGAUCUGGGCCCGUUACAUGCAGAUUCACCCUGAGAAUGCCGAGGAAUACAUCCAUCUGCUGGUCGAAAUGGGCCAGUACACGGACGCCGUGAAGAAGUAUAUGGAUAUUCUCGACAACCCGCGAUUCCAGUCGAAGGAGGGAAAGAGUAACUUCCAGCUGUGGACGGAAAUGGUGGACCUGUUGGUCUCAAAGGCGAAGAAGAUCGAGACCGGUCCCCAGGUUGGAAUUGACGUCGACGCGAUCUUGCGCAGCGGUAUCGAUCGGUUUGCCGACCAGAGGGGCAAGCUCUGGGCUGGCUUGGCGACUUACUGGAUCAGGAGAGGCAAUUUCGAGAAGGCCCGCGAUGUGUACGAGGAGGGUAUCACGACGGUUAUGACGGUUCGCGACUUUACCCUGAUCUUCGACUCGUACGUCGAAUUCGAGGAGUCCAUUAUCGGAAGCCUGAUGGAGUCGGCGGCUGCCCGGACCGACAAAGGGCAGAGCGACGAAGAGGCCGACUUCGACCUCGAUCUGCGAAUGCUGCGCUUCGAACAGCUCAUGGACCGACGCCCGUUCCUUGUCAACGAUGUUCUUCUUCGACAGAACCCUAACAAUGUCAUCGAGUGGGAGAAGAGAGUUGCCCUCUGGGGUGAUAACAAGCACGAGGUCGUUCAGACUUACACCGCUGCUAUCGCGGCUAUACACCCCAAGAAAGCGCACGGCAAGUUCUCCGAGCUCUGGAUCAACUACGCCAAGUUCUACGAAAACGGUGGCGAUUUGGACACGGCUAGAGUCAUUUUCGAGAAGGCUGUCAAGGUUCCAUUGAAGUCUGUCGUCGAGUUGGCCGAGACAUGGUGUGAGUGGGCGGAGAUGGAACUCCGCAGCGAGAACUUCGACCAGGCAGUGGAAAUCAUGGCGAAGGCAACACAGGCACCGAAGAGAUCGACGGUGGAUUACUUCGAUGAGGACCUCUCGCCUCAGCAGCGCGUUCACAAGAGCUGGAAGUUGUGGAGUUUCUACGUUGAUCUGGUCGAGAGUGUCUCUUCCAUCGAGGAGACCAAGAACGUGUACGAACGGAUCUUCGAGCUGCGCAUCGCGACGCCCCAAACCGUCGUCAACUACGCCAAUCUCCUGGAGGAGAAAAAGUACUUCGAGGAGUCUUUCAAGGUGUACGAACGAGGACUCGACCUGUUCAGCUACCCGGUUGCAUUCGAGCUUUGGAACCUUUAUCUGACCAAGGCCGUCGACCGCAAGAUCGGCAUCGAGAGACUACGGGACCUGUUCGAGCAGGCCCUGGAUGGAUGCCCUCCCAAGUUCGCCAAGCCGCUCUAUCUGAUGUACGGCAACCUGGAAGAGGAACGCGGUCUGGCCAGGCAUGCCAUGCGAAUCUACGAGCGCGCGACUCGCGCCGUCUCCGACGAAGACAGAUUCGAGAUGUUCGAAUUCUACAUCACCAAGUCGGCCUCCAACUUCGGACUGACCUCGACGAGACCCAUCUACGAAAGGGCCAUCGCCGCCCUCCCCGACCAAGAAGCCAAGGAAAUGUGCCUCAAGUUCGCGGAAAUGGAACGCCGCCUGGGAGAAAUCGACCGCGCCCGUGCGAUCUACGGCCACGCCUCUCAGUUCUGCGACCCGCGCACCAAUGCCGUCUUCUGGCAGAAAUGGGAGGCCUUCGAGGUCCAGCACGGAAACGAGGACACCUUCAAGGAAAUGCUCCGUGUCAAGCGCAGCGUUCAAGCACAGUACAACACCGAUGUCAACUUCAUCGCCUCCCAAGCCAUCGCCCGCACUCAACAACAACGGGCCCAGGACGGCGAAGAGCCAGAAGCCCAGGACGCCGCCGCCGAGCGCGCCGAUGCCAUGGCCGCGUUGGAGCGCCAGGCGCGUGCCCCCGUCGGCUUUGUCGCCGCCAGCACCGGCCCUGAAGGCGGCAACCGCCCGCCCCCGGCCGGCCAGGAGCAGCCUGCCUCCGCUGCUGCCCCCGUCAACCCGGAUGCCAUCGACCUCGAUGACGAUAUGGAUGCCGAUUAG